AAAAGAAGCCAAAUAAGACCAACCCAAUUCUUACAUUCCUUGUUUGAAAUUCAAAGCCCUCAUGUUUCCAACAUCAAAUGCUGUCUUUAAUUAUCAUUCUUCUCCCAUAUUUUUUUUUUCCCGAAUAUAGAGAGAGAGAAAAGGGAAAUUAAUUUACGAGAAGGAGAUCAAGAAAAGUGAUAAUGGCUUGCUUUGUGCCUUUCAAUAAUAGGAAUUUGGACAUAAGUUUUCUUGUCUUCCGACCAACGGUUGUGUUUGUUGAUGAUCUAGUCGAGGCGUUAAAGCAGUUUUCCCUUUGUACAGAGAAUCUUGGUUGUGUUCACAGCGCAAUCUUUAGAAGUAUUCAUGGGAACAUGAUAGUAUGGUAUGGAGCAUGGAUGAAGAGAUCUAAUGAAAAUAAGCAAUUAAUAAAUACAGCUAUGAUUUCCAUGUUAACAAAUGUAGGAAGCAUGGCCAUCUUAAUUGACAGCAGUUUCUUUGAUGCAUACGCUGGUGAAUCAAAAGAUGGUUCUCCAGCAGCAAAAUUCUUCAAUGGCGAUAUUAUCUCUCUGAGUUCUGCCACAAUUUCGGGGAAUGAAAACACGUUUUCUUAUGCAUGUUCAGCUAUAUUCAAAGACCGUUUUCUGAAAAUGGAAGGUGCAACUGCUGGAAUUUGCUUGAAAUCUCAAACUAUGCCAAGAAUUGUUGGUCUUUUUGUGUGGAAAUCUCUCCAGUUCUGCUACUCUUACAUUUUGAACUCGGAUAAUCGAAACACGAUUCUUCCUUAUUUUGGUGGAAUUCCUUUGGAUGUAAAGUACGACGUCUUUAGAGUUGUUUAUGUCAGUGGAGACAAUUCAGUUUUACACUCAUUAUAAAAUGCUGGAAAAUAUGUAAUUUUUUUUUUCUCUCUCGGUUAUGUUGUGUAUAUGUUAGGUCUGAUCUCAGUUUUUAUACAGUAAAGCAUUGAUCUUAGUUUA